AUGAGCCUCAACCCCCAGGAAGCACCCCGAGAGGAUGGAUCAAAGGGUACAUCCAAGCCAACUCUACAGUCAAUUCACCUUCCCUCAUCCUCACCCUUGGUCCAGGAUGCCCUCCCCGCGCAACCCUCCAUCCUGCGACGAACACAAAACAAACUUGCCGAGCCUAUCGUUGCCGCAUUCAUGGCAGGUGGCGUAGCUGGCGCCGUAUCUCGCACAAUCGUCUCACCAUUAGAACGUUUGAAAAUUUUACUUCAGGUCCAAAGCGUUGGCCGAGAAGAAUACAAAUUAUCUAUCUGGAAGGCUCUGGGGAAAAUGGGCCGCGAAGAAGGCUGGAGAGGAUUCAUGCGUGGAAACGGCGUGAACUGCAUUCGCAUUAUUCCUUAUUCGGCCGUUCAAUUUGGGAGUUAUAAUUUCUACAAGAGGUUCGCUGAGUCUCCCAAUGGUGACAUGUCUGCUUUCAGCCGUCUCGUGUGUGGUGGCAUCGCAGGUAUCACCUCUGUCACCGUGACAUACCCUCUCGACAUCGUCCGUACAAGACUCUCAAUCCAGUCAGCGUCAUUUGCCGAUCUUGGACCGCGAGAACAGUCUCAAAAAUUGCCUGGCAUGUGGACUACCAUGGUCACAAUUUAUAAGAAUGAAGGUGGCAUGACGGCGCUUUAUCGGGGUAUUGCCCCAACCGUUGCCGGUGUCGCUCCUUAUGUUGGUAUGAACUUCAUGACAUAUGAAGCUGUCCGCGAAUACCUAACUCCGGACGGGGAAAAGAAUCCUAGCCCAUGGCGAAAACUUUUGGCAGGUGCUAUUUCCGGGGCUGUGGCCCAAACUUGCACAUAUCCCUUUGAUGUUCUACGUCGACGCUUUCAAAUCAAUACCAUGUCCGGAAUGGGCUAUCAGUACAAAUCGAUCUUUGAUGCGAUACGUGUCAUCGUGACUGAGGAAGGAAUGCGUGGACUUUUCAAAGGCAUUGGUCCCAACCUUCUCAAGGUGGCACCCAGCAUGGCGAGCAGCUGGCUCAGUUUCGAAUUGACACGGGAUUUCCUGGCCGUACCGAGUCCAACUUCAACAAGGCUGUUCUCCGCCGUCUCUUCAUGUCGCGCAUCAACCGUCCCCCCCGUCUCGCUCUCGCGCAUUGCCGCCAACAUCUCCGAGGCCCAGAAGGGCAAGACCGUCGUUGUCAUCGGCACCAUCACCGACGACAACCGUCUCCUGAACGUCCCCAAGCUGUCCGUUGCUGCCCUGCGCUUCACCGCUACCGCUCGUGCCCGUAUCGAGAAGGCCGGUGGUGAGACCCUCACCCUGGACCAGCUUGCUCUGCGUGCCCCUACCGGUGCCAACACUCUGCUCCUCCGUGGCCCCAAGAACUCCCGUGAGGCUGUUAAGCACUUCGGUUUCGGCCCUCACUCUCACAAGAAGCCCUACGUCGCCAGCAAGGGUCGCAAGUUCGAGCGUGCCCGUGGCCGCAGACGCUCUCGCGGUUUCAAGGUCUAA